GCAACUCUAUCUCAGCAACGCCAAGUUGAAGCAUGUUUUCUUGAUUUUUACCGGGUAAAAUGUAUUUAAUUAUAUAAUCCAGCGGCCUGUGCAGCGAUGGAUCGCAUUGAUGUCACCAAGCGUAAACCCAGACGCACCCACGGCACACCAUCCUAUGCGUACCGUAAUCGAUUUGCCUAUGCCCUAUUGGCUGCCGGAACUGCGUUGUUCGGAAUUUGGAGUCUGACGCCCAUACAACGCAUCGCCAACGAAAAGCUCUCCCAGGUUGUGGCUCAAACGGAACAAGAGCGCGAUAGAAAAGGACUUUUCGAUUUUGCAGCCCCGAGAACUUCAAAAUUCAUCAGGGAGGCGAUCAAGGAAAGCGAGGAGCAGAGGAAUAAAUAAUGGAUCGCAAGACGCGUCGGGCCAACUUCAAAAACCUGCAGCCUCGGUAAUUUUAAUAUAACCUUACCUGUUGAACAAUAAAAUGUAUGUAGCUAUCUAA